CUAUAAAUUCCACCUGCAAACUCUCUUUAAAAUCUCUUCCUUCUUCUUCUUCUUCUUCUACACCCUGUAAAUUUUGGGCCUCUCUUUCUCAGGUUCUCUUGUUCUAACCCAUAUCCCCUCUGCGCAAGAUCUUUCUCUUUCUUUCUCGAUCCCCUCCAUCACCUAUUUUUGAUGCAUAAUAUAUUUUUCUUGAUGUUUGAGACUCAUGUCUCCAGUAGUCAGUGAAAUCCUCCUCUCUGGGUUUAUGAUAAACUCCAUCCUUCGGCGCAGGACCCACUUGGUUCAGUCCUUCUCUGUUGUCUUCCUCUACUGGUUCUACGUUUUUUCAGAAUCAUAAACUAGCUAUAGGCCCCUCUCUCUCUCUCUCUCUCUCUCUCUCUCUCUCUCUAUAUAUAUAUAUAUAUAUAUAUUAGAGUUAUUUUCAAAUUAUUAGCAUCUGGGUUCUAUGCUUGGUUAUUAUCUAGCAUAAUCCGGAUAGAAAAAAUCUUGUUUUUUUGUUAGCUUAAUAUUGAUAUCAAGAAAUAAUAUUACUGUUUCUGUUAGAACAUACUAUGGCUUCUUCUAGCGGAGCUUCUUCAGGGUCGAGCGCGAUUAAGAACUCAGGGUCUGAAGGCGAUCUUCAGCAUGUUGUGGUUGUGGAUCAAAGAAAGCGUAAAAGAAUGCUGUCCAAUCGUGAAUCGGCACGUAGAUCACGGAUGCGCAAACAGAAUCACCUGGAUGAUCUGACGGCCCAAGCGCGUCAGCUCGCAAAGGAGAACAACCAAAUCCUCACAAGCAUGAACAUGGCCUCUCAGCUCUACUUGAAUAUUGAGGCUGAAAACUCCAUUCUCAGAGCUCAGAUGGCUGAGCUCAGCCAGAGGUUAGAGUCUCUCAAUGGGAUCAUCAAUUACAUGAACUCCACAAACAGUGUCGUUUUUCAGACCGAGGAGUACACUCAGAGUCAGACCCAUGAAUAUGAUAGCUUCAUGAAUCCAUGGAGUUCUUCUCUCUAUCUGAACCACCCCAUAAUGGCUUCGACCGACGCGUUUAUGUACUAGUCUUUUGGGAUCCAUCUUGGUCUUCUAAAUAUCUCUUGCUUCUUGGGGUCGUUCAGGUUUCUAAUAAGUGCACUAUUUGAUUUAGGUUCUUCAUUCUUGAACAGCCCAAGACAAGAAGAUUGUGAGGGGAUGGUGAUAAUAAUUAGCAGAGUUUGCACUUAAUUAAUUGGGUUCUUGAUUUGUAAAUGGUAUCUGCACGGAUACUGUUAAUCUAUUGGCCGGUUUAAUUGUGUAACUCUUUUUUAUUUAAUAUAUAUCUGUAGUGCAGUAGUGCUCGACCUUCUGCUC